CCGGGUUAUAAAUACACGAUACAGGGGUCACAGUGAUGCUCACAGCUUUGGAACGAGUGUGGGAUUAGCAGCACGGCUGAGGAACGUAUAUUAGACAUCAGUGAGAGGAGCCCUAUGCAGGAGGCUGUGGGUAAGAACUUCCAGUGAGAUAGGUUGCUUGCGUUCCCUUGGCUCAACAACAAAACAUUUUGGCAAUGAAAAAAAAACAGUCCUUGCCUUAUGCGAGUGUCUAAACCGUAACACUAGAAGGUGAGUUCUAUCGUUGUGUACGGGUAAGCACCUCGUUGGUGAUUUAAGAAAACUCAAACGGUCUCUGUGGUCAAAAUCGACACGAGAAGGGUAACGUAAGACUGAUUUGUUGCAGCAGGGAGGAGAGGAGGCAUCUGAAUAAAAGCAUCCUUUUGAAGUUUUGGUGCCAAAUUGAAAAUCACAAUGAUGGAGAAAAAGGGCUUCCAAGCCGAGACAAAUGUUAUGGGUUUGAUUUCUGAUCGCUUAGAACGCAAUACAAACGAAACGAGUGAUGUGCCAUUAACUGACACGUCUGGAGACAUCUUUCUUCCGUCAAAAAACCAUGGUCUCUCAGACGUAACAACGUGCAGAGUUGAUGCUAAAGAAUGUGAAAACACCCCGAAAGUGGUGAGGGAAGCCGUAAGGAAAAAUGCGAGCACGGCUAGCACCCCCACACACGAGGCUACACCUGAAGAAGUAAACACGGGCGAGCCUCGCUUGUCGUCCAUUGAGUCGGACGCGCAAGCGGACAAAGACUUCAAAAAAUCCAAACACGACGCAACGGAGCGCAGCUUGCAGGGAACUUCGCCGAGCCCUUCGACGAACGCCAGCGCCGCUGCCGCCGCCGCCACCGCCGCCGCGGAAGACAAAACGACGAGAAGGAAAAGCGCCCGCGAGGCCAAGGAGCCGGGCGGCGCCCGGGUGCCUAACUACGGCGUCGUCGGCGACCUCACCGGCCUCUGGCAGAAGCGCUCGCGCGAUCACGUCGACGAGCAGCGGCUGAACCCGUUCAGCGGGGACUUCGACUUCGCGCACGCCAUGGCGGUGCGGGCGCGCAAGGGCGAGCGGGGCUACGGCAGCCCGCGGGACGGCACGGCCACGGCGGAGAGGGGCCGGCGGGCCCAGCGCCACGUGCUGCGCGAGGUGGACGAGAUGGUGCUCAUCAUCGGCGAAGUGGGCGUUCGCGGGGAAGACGGGCGCCCGCGCGUCACCUUCGGGCGCCUCUUCGAGCGCUACGUGCGCGUCUCGGACAAGGUGGUGGGCAUUCUGCUGCGUGCUCGCAAGCACGGCCACGUGCACUUCGAGGGCGAGAUGCUGUGGCAGGGGCAGGACGACGGCGUCGUGAUCACGCUCCUCGCGUGACCGAGGUCGGGGUCGGUCUGGAACUGGACAGCACCCGGCUGAUUGGAGCGAGUCGUGGGGCGUCUGCGCGAAGACGCGAAACGAACACUGGGACGGGGCUGUGUGUCUUUUUUUGUUCACUCUGUGUGGGUUUGGAAACAGUGCUUUGUAAAAUGAUCAGGCUGACGUUCGUGUCACUUUUCACAGUAAUCUUGAUUUAGUUCAUGGUUAAUUAAACGAAGCUAAACUAUUUGUUUUUUUCACCAGGUAAGGCUCAACUGAGCUACAGAGAUCUUUUUCAGAAGCGACCUGGCCACACAUUGAUAGCUCAAUGAAGUGGCUUGUCACGUGGAAAUUUAUAACAGCC